AUGGGCGCGCUGGCCGAUGAGCUGGCCAAUGCCGCCGCCCGCGGGGACCUGCAGCGCCUCAGGGAGCUGCUGGACGGAGCGGCCGACCCCAACGCCGCCAACUCCUACGGCAGGACCCCCAUUCAGGUGAUGAUGCUGGGCAGCCCGCGGGUGGCCGAGCUGCUGCUGCGGCACGGAGCCGACCCCAACCGGCCCGACCCGAGCACCGGCUGCCUCCCGGCGCACGAUGCGGCCCGUGCCGGCUUUCUGGAGACGCUGGCGGCGCUGCACCGGGCCGGGGCGCGCCUCGACAUCCCCGACGGCCGCGGCCGCCUGCCCCUCGACGUGGCGGUGGGGGGCCCGCACGGAGCCGUGGGGCGGUACCUGCGCGACCCUCCGCCCUGUGCCCAACCUCUCCCCGGGCCAUCCUCUCCCCAGACUUACUGCCCGCCCCCAGCUCGGGGGACACCAAGUGGAACAGUACUCAUGCGAUGCUGUGAAUAA